GUUACGUCUUUGCGUGAACCCUACGCCAUUCUCUGUAGUCUCUAGUGCACAAUCGCAAGAGCCACGUUCGUUCAUCGACGGCGGGAUCAGCGGCGUCCGUAUCAUCGCGGAUCCCAGACACCCAAUUGGUUCCAGCCCUCUAAUUUAAUGAAGAGACCUAGAGAGGAGGACGGUGAGCACUCGCUCCUCUGUGGAGAGAUGUCGUGGUGUAGGGGACCGAUGAUCGGAAAAGGAGCUUUUGGGUCCGUAUACAGAGCAGAACUGAAGAAACCCAGACUCAGACUCGGAGGGAGUCGCUUGACAUCGGUUGUGGCAGUGAAAUCAGCAGAUCCCUCGAAUGGGUCUUCGCUUUUGUGGGAAAAGACGGUCCUUGAUGCUCUUCAAGGCUGUCCUCAUGUUCUUCAAACAUUUGGAGCGGACACGACAAAAACGAGGAAUGGAGAUCUGAUAUACAACGUGCUCUUGGAAUUUGCUUCGGGAGGAAGCCUCGCCGAUUUAAUCGUAAAAUCAAGCGGUCAUGGGUUGUCUGAGAGCGAUGUCAGAAAGCACACAAAGUCUAUGCUUGUGGGGUUGAAACACAUUCAUGCUCGUGGCUUCGUUCACUGUGACUUGAAGCCUGAUAAUGUUCUGCUGGUGCCUAGGGCUGAUGGCUUUGGCUUUGAGGUGAAAAUUGCUGAUUUUGGAUUGGCAAAGAGAGUUAACAGUUGCGAGACGCCAUGUUGUAGAGGGACACCCUGGUAUUUAGCACCAGAAUGUGUAAUUUACGGUGUACAAGAGGCCUUCUCUGAUAUAUGGGCUCUGGGAUGCACCGUGCUUGUCAUGCUGACUGGAAAAGUACCGUGGGAAACCAUAACUGGUUCAAAGGAGUAUGAAGAUCUUCUGUCUCAAAUUGGGUCUGGAUCGGUGCCGGACAUUCCGGACGAGAUAUCAAAUGCAGCAAAGGAUUUCUUCAAGUGCUGUUUUGCAAUAAAUCCCAUGGAUAGAAUGACAGCUGAUACGCUGUUAGAUCACCCGUUUCUGUUGGAUUUAGAUGAGACAGAUUCUUCACAUGUUCAAGCAUCAAAAGAAGCUGAAAAUGCAAAGAGGAAUAAAUGUAGUCCCUCAUAUUUUCCUUUUGGGAGUAGAUUCAUACCCUUAUCAUCGGAUUUUCCAUCACAAGAGGCAGAGGUUCCUGCAGAGAUUCAAGUAUCAAAAGAAGCUGAAAAUACUUCUUUUCCUUUAGGGUGUAGCUUGAAGCUACCCUUAUCCUCGGAUUUUCCAUCACAAGAGGCAGAGGUUCCAGAGAUUCAAGUAUCAAAAGAAGCUGAAAAUACUUCUUUUCCUUUUGGGUGUAGUUUCAUACCCCUACCAGAUUCUUUAUCAGAAGAGGAGGGAGAGGAGGAGAUCCAAGAUCAGCCUGCUGAGCAAAUUAGCUUUAGUGCAAUUUUCCCAAAAGCACUCAUGCGGUCAAGGCCUUUAGCUCAUUGGCAACAUCCCUCUACUUUCACGGUUUGUGCCGGAGCCUAGGGAUUGAAUUCAAAAACACCAGUCAAUUUUGAUUUAUACUUGUGAUCAAAUUUUGUAUAGGCAAUAGCAUAUAACACCUCAUUUCAGAGGCUACUUUUUGUAAGUCGGAUUAUGUUUUAUAAUAAUAAUAAUAUGCUUCCAGCAUUUCUCCCACUACAUAGUUUUUGA